AUGGCAUUCCCAACCCCCCAAGGCCGUUCAUCCCUCACCUUUACUCCUCCUCCUAUAGACGGCUCGCUGACCUUCCCAGAGAUUAUCGACUACAAUGGCGAACACAGCCCGAACCACCCGUUGUUUCGAUACGAGGAUCCCAAUAGCAACGACGUCCGAACCAUACAUUGGACCGAAGGCGUCGCAGCCAUUCACAAUGCCGGUCAAUACUUCAAGAAAUACCUCCACGACGAGACCAGUCCCGUCGUUGUCAGCAUUUUGGCAAAUUCCGAUACCCUAACCUUCUUCGCGACGAUCACCGGAAUCAUGCGCCUCGGACACAUCCCCUUCGCCAUAUCCAUCCGAAACUCGGCUCCUGCCAUCACGCAUCUAAUGAAAGCCACCAACUCCAAAUACCUCAUCGUCAGCCCGGACGCGACAGUCCAGAAGAUCGCUGAGUCGGUUUGCCAGCAUAACGAUGACGAGAGGAUCAUCACCACCAUCCCGAUGCCCGCGUUCAGCGAUAUCUACGUCAAGUCCUACGAACCCCUUCCCCCGUUCAAGAAACCAGACUGGAAUGAAACAGCGUUUAUCAUGCAUUCGUCGGGAACGACGCGGUUCCCUAGCCCGAUCCUUCGGAGUCAUGAAUCUAUGUUGGAGUUCAGCAAGGCCUCCUAUUACGGUGAAAUAGACCUCUGUGGUGAAGUCUUCGCUGCUCAGUCAUGUCCCAUGUACCAUAUUCUCGGUUUUUGGAUCACGUCGCUCAGUGUGGCAACAGGCGCGAUUCCUGCGCAUUUUUCUCCAAAACAGCCAGCCGUAAUACCCACUGCCGAACGUUUCUUAUCCAGCCUAGUCAAGACGGGAUGUACUUAUAUCUUCUCUGUCCCUUCCUUCCUAGAACAAUGGGCCCACGAUCCUGCUGCUAUCAAGGCUUUGAAAACGACAAAAGGACUAGUCUCUAGCGGAGGUCCUCUUUCGAAGGAAGCUGGUGAUAUCCUAUCUCACCACGGAGUCAACUUAAUCUCGGUUUUCGGCCUAACGGAGGUCGGAGGUAUCUCAGACAUAUUUCCUAAAUCCGCACCGCCCGAAGGCUGGGAAUGGAUGGGAGUCUCCAACAGGAUGGACGCCGUGUUUGCUCCAACUGAGGAGGAAGACAUAUACCGUCUGUACAUCAAGAAAUCCAAACUCAGCACACCUUCAGUCCUGAACUGCGAGAUAGACGGUGUCCCGGCGUUCGAUACGAAAGAUCUCGUCAAGCUGCAUCCGUCAAACCCGAAAUUGUGGAAGGCUUAUGGACGCGCUGAUGACCAAAUCAUGCAUAGUACCGGUGAGAAGACCAACCCAGGACCCAUCGAGGCGGGCUUGCUAGGCGAUAAACGUAUCUCAGGUGCCGUCAUGUUUGGACGAGGGAAAUUCCAACCGGGUGUCUUGAUACAGCCUUCCGAGGAAUACGCCUUUGAUCCGAACGACGCGAAGCGUCUAGCGGAGUAUCGUUCACUUAUUUGGGAUACGGUCGUGCAAAUCAACGAGAGUGCCCCUCAGCAUUCUAGGAUUUACAAAGAGAUGAUCCUCAUCGCGAGCCCAGAGAAACCCUUCGAAUUCACUGCAAAACAAUCCUUACGAAGGGGAGCCAUCCUCAAAGCCUACGGACAAGAAAUCGAAGACGCAUACAAAGCCGUCGAGGCUCUGUCGCCCGAUAUAUCAAUCCCACAAACCCUCACACUGAAAACGGCAACCAACCUCAUUCGGGACAUCGUUAAAGGCGCUUUGCAAGGAGAUUCCGUCAUCGGCGAUACUGACGAUAUCUUCUCUGUAGGUGGAGACAGCCUGACGGCACUGUCCAUACGAAACUCCAUCAUGGGCGCGCUGCGGAAAUUCCAUCUACCCGUGGGAGUCAUCAGAUCGCUGCCGCCUAAUUUCGUGUUUGAUCUACCCACGAUCGCCACGCUCGGUGCUUUUGUGCAUGGCGUCAUCUUAGCUGGAAGGGUGACCGUCAACGGACAGAAAGAGACUUCGAAGGAGAAGGAGCCGAAGCCUUAUUAUCCCGAAGUGAGCACGGUCCCUAAAGAGGGAGAGACUAUCGUUAAGCUUCGGGAUGGGAAAGGCGAGUCGCCGCUUAUUAUGAUUCAUGGUGCUGGAGGCUUUAUCUUCGAAUACGCCUCAUACGCCGAGAAAUUCAGAACAUCGGUCUGGAGUCUCCAAAUAACACCCGACACACCCCUAGGAUCCCUUCACGAAAUGGCUGCAUUCUACUUCCACCAGAUCAAAGCCCGACAGCCCCAUGGGCCCUACCGAUUCGCCUCCUACUCCUCCACGAGCAUCCUCCUCGUCGUCCUAGUCAAGCUAUUCGAAGACAACGGUGACACGGUCUCGCAAGCAGUAAUGCUCGACCAUUUCCCCACAUCCUUCGUCUACUCCGCUAACAAGGCCGGGAAUCCUGACCCUCGAGUCCCAGAGAACCGAGAGAUCCUCGUCGAUGGCGGGAUCGAGGCGAUCGGAGGGCUGAUGAAGCGUGAUGCGAAUUGGGGGUCACUCGAGCGGUCUUUGAAGGCCCUGCGGGAUGCAUGGAACGGGGUUUAUGCGAAUGAGAUUGUCAAGGUUGGAGUGCAUAAUAUCAGGGCGUACAUGACUGCUAUUUCGGAGUUUGUGUAUGAUUUGACUACGGAUAGGGAGGGUGAUGGGAGGGCUUCGAUGGAGGCUAUGGAACGCUGGAUUAGGACGGUGAAGGCUCCUAUUAUGGUUGUUGUUACGAAAGAAGGUGCUGUAGGCUCAUAUGCGGAGGAAAAUAGGGAGGAGUGGGCGGAUCUUGGUGUGAAGAGAUGUUUGCCGGAUGCGAGGGUUGUGUUCGUGGGUGGAGGGCAUUAUGAGUUUCUUACAAAUGAGAGGGUGAUUGAGGUUCUGCAGGAGGGGUACUAA